CCGUCCAGCACCGUCCAUUCGCUGCCCCACUUGGCCAAACCCCAACCGCACCCCAAUCUCUCUCUCGCUUCUCCCCGACCGAUCGGAGCCUUGCAAUCCCUAAUCCCCCGCAAUCGCCUCCUACCCCUUCUCUUCGAUGGCCUCUGAUAUCCUCUGAUCCAAGAGAUUUCCCUCGCCAAUGCCACCACUCCUUCGUUCGUGGAUCACAAGAUCCAUAGCCAAGCCAACUAGGGCUCUGAUAUCUUCCACCCUCUCGGGGUGAUGGAUGCGCGCUCUUAGCUCCCAGGAGAAGUUCGAAUAGUAAUAUCCAAAGAAUGUUGUGUGGCAGUGGAUGUUGAGGAUGGAAGAUGAAUUAGUCACUCCCCAUAUUGACUCAGAAGAUGGUAAAACAGAAGUUACCGUUGCUUCCAUGGAUAUCGAGCCUUCUGUGGAUGAAGACAAUAAAAUGUUGGAAAGUCCUGUCAAAGGAGAAAUAGUUGCAUCUGGAGGUGUUGCAGAUUUGGAACCAUAUGAGGGCAUGGAGUUUGAAUCUGAAGAAGCAGCAAGGGCAUUCUAUGCUGCAUAUGCUAGGCAUGUGGGAUUUCGCAUCCGUAUUAGUAGAUAUACUCGGUCAAGGCGCGACAACUCUAUUAUUUCUCGAAGAAUUGUAUGUUCCAAAGAGGGCUUUCGUGAGGCUCGUGCUAAUGAAGGUCUCUUUGAUGAACAACGACAGCGACAACGAGCAGUCACAAGGGUGGGUUGUAAGGCAAUGAUUAUGGUUAAAAAAAUAGGCCCUGAGAAAUGGAUUGUUACCAAAUUUGUAAAGGAGCAUAACCACGGGCCAGUGCCUCCACGAAAAGUGGAGGUUAGGACAGGCCGCAGGGAUGAUGAUUUGCUGGUACAAUCAUAUAUCAGUGAUGGAGGUGCUGUUCAGGAACCAUAUGAGGGAAUGGAGUUUGACUCUGAAGAAGCUGCAAAGGCUUUCUACAUAACCUAUGCCAGACACUUGGGUUUUCGUGCACGUAUUAGCAAGUAUUGCCGUUCGAGACGUGAUAAUUCGAUUAUUUCUCGGCAGAUUGUUUGUUCCAAGGAAGGCUUUCGUGAAGUUCGUGUAAAGAAUGAGAUUACUGAUGAAGGGAAAACCAAGCGCCCUAGAUUGAUAACAAGGAUAGGAUGUAAAGCUAUGAUUAUUGUAAAGAAGGCAAACUCUGGAAAAUGGGUUGUCACAAAGUUUGAGAAGGAGCAUAACCAUUCUCUCGCAUCUUUAAAGAUGCCUUGUCUUGAAUCACGUAGCAAUGCCGGGAAAGUCAUUAAUUUGCAAGGAGCAAUUACAAAGCCUAAUGGGAUGGUAACUGAUGAAUCCUGUGCUGGAACACAAGGUACAAGUCGAGAAUCACUAACUGUCCUAUACAACCAGUUAUGCUGUGAAGCCAUUAAGUAUGCGCAAGAGGGGGCUGCAACUGAAGACAGUUAUAACGUGGCAAUGUCUGCUCUGAAAGAGGCUGUGGAGAAGGUUGCUGCAGCCAAAAGAGGUGCUGUUACUGUUGCACAGCAAGGACUAGCUAUUGGUGGAGCUAGACAAGCAUUUCUUAUUGCCCAUCCAGCACAAACAAAAGCUUUGCAAGACUUGCAAUGCUUGAAUGAAGUCAAGCAGGUCCCAUUAAUCCUCAACAUAGCAAAUGGUCGGUUACUGCAUAAUCGAUCAGAUGAUGGGUUGAUUGGAAAUGGAUCAGAAGGUUCUGAUUUGCCUGCAGAAAGGAAGAUGGCAAUGCAGAUAGUCAAUCGAGAUGUGGAGCUUGAUGCCGGCGUCCAGAAAUUUCAGAACCAGGAUUCUGCUACUGCAGCUGAAGCUGCCUCAACUUCAAGAAGUGGCUGCUACAACUUAACUAGUCCAGGUUCCUCUGAGACACAGAUGGUGGCUAUUCCUGCAGUGCCAAUGACAGUCUACAUGCCUGUGAUGGGAAGCUUACCAGCAUCUUGUUCAGUUGCAACACCAGGAACUUCAGGUGGUUCAUACACCCUUGUGGCGGCUCCAAUCGAGGCAUUGCCAGUUUCUGCUCGUCCUGCAGGACCAAACCCUCAAAUUCAGGAUGCACCCUUGCAGCCGGCAGCAGCAUCUCAGAGUGUACUGGUUUUAAGUCCGUCUCCUGGGAAUCUAUUAGAGCACUGCAAGUCCUAUUCGGGCCCGAAUCCUCAAGUGCAUGCAACUGCCCUUGCUUGUGGUGCCCGUGUAGUUUCCCCCAAGGCCGCUGCUUCACUGAUCAAGGCUAUUGAGGCCAAGAUCAGAUCUGGAAGUGCUUCAGUUGCCAAGUCGGCACUUGCAGGUGGCUGCAAAUUACUGUCUAUCCAGAGCCCUCGGCCUCGUGCCAUUGAGGAGGGCAAGAGCGAACAUGCACCUGCGAAUGCCAUACACAAAAGUCAGGCAGAAAGUUUGGAGGAGAUGAAAUUGCAAACAAUUGAUAUGAUGCCGAGGGAGUUGGUGGUUGAUCCUGACCACUCCGGAGCUGAAAAUGCUGGGCAGAACGGAUCACUUUUCGAGAAGCAGAUCGAAUUGCUGGAUACAGCGGGGGCUGCUGAGGAUCUGUCCAUGUUUGAGAAGAGGGCUUGGACAGAAAUCAAAUGUGAUUGAAAUGCAUAUUGGCUCUACUAACCUUGAUCUGUAACAUACCACCCCAAUGUACUUAAUGUGUGAAUGAUUUGCUGACAUGGGUAGGGUUUGUUGUAAAAAGUAAACUUGGUCAAAGAUAGUAGCUACGUUACUGUAGAAAUAAUCAACUAAAAUUUGAUGCGGGAUGCCCAAAUAUCACUGCUGAUCUUCACCAUAGUGCAUAUCGCUAGGCCUCUCGCUAUCAUGGUCUAGGCCUAUAAAGCUUCUGAUACAAAAUCCAUUUUACUGUU